CUUUAGUCAUGUUAAAUUACGGAAAGAAACCGCUCAAAUAGGCGAUCAAAAGGGGAACAAGUAACGGGUUUUCUCCACACUUCUUCACCUGAUACUGUUUUCCAUGUCUUUUGACAAUAACGUCCCUACCAAGUUCCCGGCCCUUGCGCCCAAAGCACCUUCUGGUGAUCUUCUUCUCGCUCAUGAGCGUGCCAAAGCCCAGUUUAACGUGGACGAACUGUCCAAGUUCAUGUACACCGAGGAAUGGCUUAACAAGAUGCACAAAGUACUCAAAGUUCUUGAAACCGAACCCGCUUUCGAUAAGACCAAUCGUUAUUACGAGAGCCGUCAGCAACGGGUCGGUAGCGCCUACAUGAAAGAUAAGCGCUUGAUUGAACUUAUCCGUGAGCACAACUGGGAUGAAACCGAGGUUCAGAUUGCCAGCUUUUUAUAUGAUAUGUCCUCUCCUUUCACUUUGCAUUAUGGCAUGUUCAUUCCUACCCUGAAAUCUCAGACGACCGAUGAACAAAAGAAAUUGUUCUUGGAACCUGCAUUGAAGCAUCAAAUCAUUGGCUGUUAUGCUCAAACAGAGCUGGGCCACGGUUCCAACGUGCAGGGUUUGGAGACCACCGCUACGUACAUCCCCGAGACCAACGAAUUCGAGCUUCACUCGCCAACGUUGACAUCGGCCAAGUGGUGGAUUGGCGGUUUGGGUACUGCUGCCACCCAUGCCAUUGUCAUGGCCCGCCUUAUUUCGAAUGGCAAGGACCUCGGUCCUCACCCUUUCUGUGUUCAGAUCCGCAGCCUGGAGGAUCAUCGUCCCAUGAAGGGAGUGACCGUCGGCGAUAUUGGUCCCAAGUUCGGUUUCAACUCGGUCGACAAUGGAUUCGUCAUGUUUGAUCACUACCGUAUUCCUCAUGUCGCUUUCUUGUCAAAGUAUGCUCAGGUGAAGCCCGGAUCAGGCGAAUACAUCAAACCUCCGAAUGCCAAAUUAUCCUACGGUACCAUGGUGUUUGUGCGUGCUAAUAUUGUCAUGGGUGUUCGUUAUGCGAUUGCCAAGGCGACUACUAUUGCUGUCCGUUACUCGGCUGUGCGUCAACAGUUCGUGGAUGCUGCCAGCCCUCGCAAAUGGAACAACAAGGUCAUUGAGACCCCUGUAUUGGAUUACACAAUGCAGCAGUAUCGUCUUUUGCCCACCAUCGCUGCCGCUUACGCCUGUUUCUUCACCGGUUCGGAAAUGCUCCGUUUGUACAACUUGAAUCAGGAAGCCAUGCAACAAGGCAACUUUUCUCUGUUGGCCGAUCUUCACGCUAGUUCCUCUGGUCUAAAGAGUUUGACCACCACCAUGGCUGUUGAAGCCAUUGAAGACUGCCGACGUGCGUGUGGUGGUCACGGAUACAGCAUGUUCUCUGGUUUAGGCAUGUUUUACCAGGACUACCUUCCCAACGUAACCUGGGAAGGUGACAAUUACAUCUUGACGCAACAAACUGCACGCUACUUGUUAAAGACCUUCCGUAACGUGGUGGCCGGAAAAGCGGUUCCUUCUGAAUAUAAUCAAACCGUGACCUAUCUAUCGCAGUAUAUGCAGAAUCCCAAAGCGAAAUGUCCUGCCACUUCGCCCAAGGAUUUCUUAAACCCUGAAUUGGUGCUUUCCGCGUUUGGAUUCCGUGCCGCUUACGGAAUCGCUCAGGUGGCUGAACAGAUCGAUCGUCACGGCCGUAGCUGGAACUCUAUGCUGGUGGAAAUCAGCCGAAUUUCCAAGGCCCACUGUCAGUUCAUGUUGAUUCGCAAUUUCAUUGUGUCACUUCAGGACAAUGCGAAGCUUUCCAAGGAUACCGUCAAGGUGCUGCGCACUUUGUCUGCUUUGUUUGCUCUUCACACCAUGGAAAAGGAAUUGGCCGAUUUUGUUCUCUCGGGUUACCUGAACUCGGAACAGGCGACGAUGUUGAAGACUCAGGUCAUUGAUUUGCUCGAACAAGUGCGUCCUCAGGCUGUGGCUUUGGUCGAUGCGUUUGCUUUGCCCGAUUACUACCUUCACUCGGCCUUGGGUCGCUAUGACGGAAAGGUCUAUGAGUCCAUGACGAGCAUGGCCGAACGUGAACCUUUGAACCAAACCAUGGUCGUGGCUGAAUACGAAAAGAUCAUCAAACCUCUGGUCCAUCAAGGCAAAAACCAAGGCCGCUGGUCCGCAGAUGGCACCCUGCAGCAUGCCAAACUGUAAUUUCGCAAAGAACGCACCUCCAAAAUAUUUUUUCAUAGACAAUCUUAUCAGGUAUAACGCAAAUCUGAUAUACACAUUUCUCUCUCUUUUUUUUUGUUUCAUCCGCUUCUCCCCCUUCUCUUUUUCUUGUCCUAUUGUUAUUUGCUGAAUGUAUUUCUAUUUAUAUUUUUCUCUUUUUUUUAGUUUUCUCUUUUAGUUUCUGUAAUCUAUACGGUCGUUUUAUUGAAAUAGAAAAUCAGGCACUGAAAA